UGCUGCUGCCGCUGCCGCGCCGGGCCGGGCUGGGCUGGGCUGGGCCGGGCCGGGCUGGGCUGGAGCGGGCGGCGGGGCGCCUCUGCAGCCGUGGGCAAGGCUUCCCUCAGUCUAGUGAGGUGGAAUCCGCCCCUCUCCAGGACUCGGCACUGAGCGCGGGAGUUCGGCGGCGUUACCGGCUACCAUGACUGCGGCGGCUGGCGAAGGGCGUUGGGCGGCUCGGGCAGACCGGCGGUGCCGCUCCGGGAGAUGAGCCACUGUAUACACAAGGGAGCUGUUGUGACGUUGACAAGUUAGUGAUGCCUCUCUGACUUCCUGUAUCUCGAAACUGAAUGAAAGUUGUGUGCAACUCGGGUGUGUUUAAUAGAUCAUAAACCGAGGGUUUGCUGGCAGUCGUUGGAUUAAUUUUAAACUGUGAAGAGUCUUUCCAUAAGGCAAAAUGCUCAUAAAGGAAUACCACAUCCCUCUUCCCAUGAGCGUUGAGGAGUAUCGUAUCGCACAGCUGUACAUGAUUCAGAAGAAGAGCAGAGAGGAGACCUGUGGAGAAGGGAGUGGAGUGGAAAUCCUUGAGAACCGGCCCUAUAAUGAUGGUCCCGGUGGAUCUGGCCAGUAUACACAUAAAGUAUACCACAUUGGUAUGCACAUCCCCAGCUGGUUCAGAUCUAUUUUACCUAAAGCUGCAUUGCGCGUAGAAGAGGAGUCAUGGAAUGCCUAUCCCUAUACCAGAACCAGGUAUACCUGUCCGUUUGUAGAGAAGUUCUCCAUUGACAUUGAAACAUAUUAUAAACCUGAUUCAGGAGAUCAAGCCAAUGUAUUUAAUCUCUCGACUGCUGAAAAAAGACAAAGGAUGCUUGAUCCUAUUGACAUUGUCAAAGACCCCAUUCCUCCUAAUGAAUACAAAACAGAAGAGGACCCUAAACAGUACAAGUCUAUCAAGACAGGAAGGGGACCCCUGUCCGACAAUUGGAUAGAGGAGUGCAAAAACAGGCCUGGAAAAAUGCCAAUUAUGUGUGCGUAUAAACUCUGCAAAGUAGAGUUUCGAUACUGGGGAAUGCAAUCCAAAAUAGAAAGAUUCAUUCAUGAUGUAGGUUUAAGGAAAGUGAUGCUGAGGGCUCACCGACAAGCGUGGUGCUGGCAGGACGAGUGGUACGGCCUGACCAUCGAGGACAUCCGGCAACUGGAGCACGAAACCCAGCUCAUGUUGGCCCAGAAAAUGGCCCAGUUCGUGACCCAAUUCAAUGUAAACGACAGUGAAACUGAACAAACUGGCCUGACCCAAUUCUCCAGUGAGAGAGAUCAGGACACCAACAAUUCCAAUGUCACCCUCAAUACAGAAUCCAGCAGUACCAAUCUAAAGGACUACAGUGACUCGUUAACAGAAAAAGCACUGACCAAACAAUGGUCCACAUCAUCCAAGUCGUCCCAUUCAUCAGUGAGAGGAGCAAGCCCUUCACGUCACAAUAUCUCAGACUGGCGAAUGCAGAGCAUUGCUCGAGACUCUGAUGACAGCUCAGAUGAUGAAUUCUUCGAUGCACAAGAGGACUUUUCAGACAAUGAGGAAAGCUUCCCUCAGGAAAUCACAAAAUGGAAUUCAAAUGAUCUUAUUGAUAAAAUUGAAGCAUGUGGUGAAACUGAGGAGAGCCAGUGUGACUUGUACCAAGACCAGUUGAGAGACUAUGUUCCAUCCAGUGCAGAGCAGCUGAAUCCUAUUGAGGAUGAAGCAUCAUUGCAAACCUUACAGUCUUGCAAGAUUCACAUGCUGGUGCUCAUACUGCAUGGUGGCAACAUACUGGACCCUGGCAGUGGAGACCAGACCUCCAAACAGGCUGACGUCAACACUAUAACCUCUGUCUUUGACACGGUGAUGAGAGUACACUUCCCUGCAGGUCUAGGCCACAUCGCAGUAAAGCUAGUUCCGUGCCCAGCUAUCUGCUCUGAAGCCUUUUCACUGGUAUCGAACCUCAGCCCGAUGAGCUAUGACGAAAGCUGUUUAUCAAACAGCCAGGACCACAUUCCUCUGGCAGCACUUCCACUGCUGGCAACAGCCUCGCCCCAGUACCAGGAGGCAGUCGCUACAGUUAUUUCCAGAGCAAAUCAGGUGUACAGUGAUUUUCUCAAAUCACAGGAAGGAGUCUCCUUCAAUGGCCAAGUAUGUUUGAUUGGAGACUGUGUUGGUGGAAUCCUGGGCUUUGAUGCCCUUUGUUUCAGCAAUCAGACCGUGUCUGAGAGCCAGAACAGCAGCAGGAGAGGCAGUGUUCUGAGUGUGCAGGACAAUGAUCUAUUAUCUCCUGGAAUUGUUGUGAACAACAGCACUGGUUCCAACCUAGAAGCCAGUAGGCAUCUCAGCAGAAGCAACAUUGACAUUCCUCGAAGCAGCAUGGAUAAUCCAAGCAAGCAAAUGCCGAGAAAGAGAAGUGAUUCCUCUACAUAUGAACUUGAUACAAUUAAACACCAUCAGGCUUUUCUUUCCAGUUUGCAGUCCAGUGUUUUGAGGACUGAUUCAGGGUCCAGGCGAUCUAGCAGUUCAACCAUGCUGGAAGGAGUGAGCCCUGGGAAGUUUGAAUUUGAAGUGACUGACUUCUUUCUGUUUGGUUCCCCUUUGGGGCUGGUGCUGGCACUGAGGAAGACAGUUGUCCCCAACUUGGAUGUUUCCCAGCUGAGGCCGGCGUGUCAGCAGGUUUACAAUCUGUUCCACCCAGCUGAUCCCUCAUCAUCCCGAUUGGAGCCACUCCUGGAGAAGAAGUUCCAUCUGUUAGCACCAUUUAAUGUUCCCCGCUACCAGAGGUUCCCACUGGGUGAUGGCAGCUCUGCUCUUCUGGUUGAGACAAUCCAGAACAAUCCCAUCCUUAUCCUGGAAACUCCAUUUGUGACUCUCCGCCGACAGGAGAGUGUAAUGGAAACCAGUAUACCUGUUCCUGUCUGUAACUGGCAAGAUGCUUCCAGUAGGAAUCCAACUGUUGCAGAGUCGGAUGUCAUUCAGACUCAUGCCGGUGUCUUCAUGGAAGGUUCAUCUCCUUCCUCUCCCUCAACAGCCCCAAUAUUCAGGGGCUUCCGCAGAGCAAGCGAGGUCAGCAUUGCCAGCCAAGUAUCAGGAAUGGCCGACAGUUAUACAGCUUCCAACAUUGCCAACAUUGCAGCAAGGUGGUGGGGAACUAAGAGAGUUGACUAUGCUCUCUACUGCCCAGACGCUUGACGGCCUUUCCCCACCAUCGCCUUGCCCCACCUCUUUCAUGCCAGUUACUAGUCAACCGAUGUCGUCUCGUUUCUGCUACGACAGAUAAUGAGACGAAAUGCAAGUGUUCUGGAACUGGAUGGGAAGGGUUCAGUAUUCAGUCCUUCAAAACCACGCGAGAAGUGGCUUCGCAAGAGGACACAUGUUAAAAUAAGGAAUGUCACAGCAAACCAUCGUGUGAACGAUGUCAUUGUCACUGAAGACGGCCCUCAGACACUGACAGGGAGAUUCAUGUAUGGGCCCCUGGAUAUGGUCACACUGACUGGCGAGAAGGUGGAUAUUCAUAUUAUGACUCAGCCUCCCACAGGAGAGUGGGUGUAUUUUGACACCGACAUUACAAACAGCAGUGGCAGAAUUUCCUACGUUAUUCCAGAGGACAAAAGGCUGGGAAUUGGUGUCUAUCCGGUAAAAAUGGUGAUUAGGGGGGACCACACGUCCGGAGAUAGCUACAUAACUGUCCUGCCAAAGGGAACAGAGUGUGUGGUGUUUAGUAUCGAUGGAUCAUUUGCAGCCAGUGUUUCUAUAAUGGGCAGUGACCCCAAGGUCAGAGCUGGAGCGGUAGAUGUUGUAAGGCACUGGCAGGAUCUCGGCUACUUCAUCGUGUAUGUGACAGGACGACCUGACAUGCAGAAACAGAGGGUGGUGGCUUGGCUGGCUCAGCACAACUUCCCCCACGGAAUUGUCUCCUUCUGUGACGGACUCGUUCACGAUCCCCUCAGACAUAAAGCCAACUUCCUCCGCAGCCUCGUCCAGGAUGUGUCAGUGAAGGUUCACGCAGCCUAUGGAUCCACAAAGGAUAUUUCAGUUUAUGCUUCCCUGGGUUUAUCACCUUCUCAAAUCUACAUUGUGGGUCGUUCAACCAAAAAGUAUCAGCACCAGUGCCAGUUUUUGACAGAUGGAUAUGCAGCACAUUUAUCCCAGCUGGAGUAUAACCAGCGGUCCCGUCCUGCUAAGAGUAAUUCCAGAAUGGUGCUGCGGAAGGGUAGCUUUGGCUUACCUGCACAGCCAGACUUCCUGAGGAAAAGGAAUCACCUGUUGCGCACCAUCUCCAGCCAGCAAGCAGCAUCCACUUCCUCAAAACCUGAGCGGACACAAAGCCAGUCUGAAGGUGAGCGUGAUCGAGACAAGGAGCGAGGUCACAGGAGCAUGAGCAUCACGGCAGGCUGCUGGGGUCGCACAGCCACGUCCAAACUGGAAUCUGGUGUCUAAUGAGGAUACUGGGGGAAGUUGGCAUCAGCUGCAGAGCUGGGGGUCAAAGCAGCAAAUGAGGAAUGCGUGGGGUUGUAACCUGCAGGGGAACGGUACCAUGGUGCUAACAAAAAGAUAUUGAAGACAUGAACUCGUAUUUUGUGUGAACUCUGAGCCUUAACAAUUCAGUGUUGCAUUUGUGGAACACUAGUUCAAAAGUUACCCUUUGUUAUAGAGAUGUUUAGAACCUGCUUAAUUCUGCAUCUUUUCUCUUGUGAUUUUGGCAGAGGUGAUAGUGGAGACCCAUGCCGCCUGUCACAAUCACUGGAAUUCUGUUACUGACCGUGUACUUUCCAAAGUUUUCUUGGAAUUCAGCAGGAAAAUCGCACAAAAUUAGCUCUUCAUUUUCAUUUGGUUUGGCUUCAGUAACUCACUACUGAAAAUCCUUCAUUUUGCAGAAUUACCUUUAGAUUCAUUCACAGCAUAACCCUCUCCUGUGUAGACUGUAAACACAUUAGGAUUCAUUCAAAGCUGCUCACUGAAGUAUCUGAAAUUAUGGUUAGAAUCAUCCCAAUAGAAAGAUAAAACAAAGUUAAAAAGAACUUAGUUCUUUGAUUCCCUGAUAAGGAACUUGGGAGUAAUGCCAAAUGAAUAGACAGUAUCCAUUUUUGCCAAAUAUAAGGGUAAAUGUAAACUUGAGGUUCUAUCAAAUGCAAUAAAUACAAGUUAAGUUGAUAUUUCAGAGAUGGACAGUUUCUGCACAUCGCUUUCAGCAAGGGCAAGAUUGAGGAAAAGCGCAACAAGAACAAAUGUUGGAUUUAAAGUUAAACCAGUUAGUUCAGACGCACGGUCUUGGGGUUUAGGAAGCAGGUAGGCACAAGGAAUUUCCUGUUGAACAAAGAUGCUAAACUGCCAAUACUUUAAGUAGCUUUGUUGACAGUAUGGUUUCCUUCUUAAGUAAGGCUUUUGUACCAUAUUGGAACUAUAAGUAUAGAAUGCAAUCAGUGCUUCAGUUUUUUAGAGCUGACAAGAGAAAGCUAUCCAGAUGCCAGAGCUACAUUUGCCAGUCUAAAAUGGUGCUUCAUUUUGUACAGAGCCAAGUGACUCCCACUGCAGCUAACGAGGCAGCUGGCGGAUGUCAUUCAUUGAAAGGUAGUUUUAACAGCAUGUCUUAGCGAGGGCUUCCAUUGGUGCAAGCAGAUUGAAUGUUUAGGAUUGGUGAUUCAUCCAAUCAUUGCAACCUAGUUUAUGAAUAUCCUGUUUGUAUUUUGGGGUGUGGGAAAGGGUAAAGGGUCACCCAGAGUGAAACUACAUAACUUAUUGUUAAGAAAGAGAGAGGAAUUAAGCUGAAUAUUUCUUGCAACAAAAAUGGAUCCUGUUUCUCAGUUCCAGUUGUAAAAGUAAUGGCAGUGAAUGUGUCCAUUAUUACAGUCAGUGUUUUCGUAUCUGCAAUGGAUCCUAAUUCCUUUUGUUUGGAAGCUUGCUUCCUCCUUACGCUGGCAUCCUUGCACCCUCUCUCCCCAGGCAAACAUGAGAUUGCCUGGUCCAAGCCUCUGCUCCUUUGAAAGUACCGUCAGCAUACAGAAACUUGUCGGGGGGGAGGGCAGAAUUGUAGGUGGACACAAUUCCCAACAGAUUAUGCUGUAGCCUUUCACUGUUUUCAUUCACGAUAAUAGCACAUGAACCCAUUUAGCUAAAAUGGAACAGUUUCAAUGUGAUUACAAUUAAACUAAAAUACUGGUGAUGCUGAAAAUCUGAAAUAAAAACAAAAAGUUUUCAGGUCAGGUAGUGAUUGGAAAGAGAGAAACUGAUUUCACAUUUCAGGCAAUUAAAAUUUUUGUUGACUAGUUUCACUCCCUACGGGAGAUGUGUGACUAGCGCCUUCUGGUUUUAUUUCACAUUUAAUGGUGUUUGUUGUGCUUUCUUACACUGAAAGACACGCAUAUUUAUUAAUAUUAAACACAGGUUCACAAGCUAGUUCAAUCUGAAUGACUAAACUAAGAGAAAAUAGCAAGUGAGAUUUUUGCCCUUUUAAAAUCCCAAAACUAAACAUCCAAUUAAAAUAAGUGAAAGCAAGUAAUGCAUCUGCUCUGCAGACGGCAGUUGGAAGUAAUCUGUAAUAAAUAUUGUGUGUAGAUAGUGUAAAGCAAAUAAAUGUAAAUGCAGAUCUAAAUAAGGGGAGCGAUAUUUAUUUGUGUAGAUAAACUGCAGGACAUGGCAAAUCCUUCAAAUUUAUUAAUAUUUAAAAUAUAGAAUUUUGCUUUGAAUGGUAUAUGAGAUAAUUUUAUGGACCAAGAAUAAUUUAAUUGUUCAUUGCACAUGUGCAAUACACAACCACUGUUCAUAAUUGGUAAUCAUGGCAUUGACAAUCAAUGUAGUGGGGUACUGGGAUGGAUGUGACCUUUUGGUGACCCCAGACUACAGCAUACAUUUUCUCCCCCUGCCUGCGUCAACCACCUUUUUGUGUAAGUUCACUUUUAAGGGGAAGAAAUAUCAAAGGGCAGACUGGCGUUAACUUCCCUUCCUCCUGCCCCUUCACCAGGGACUGAGUGUGUGAUACCAAUGGCACCUGAACCCUAUACCAGCUAGGAAGCUGAUUCACAAUCAUGAACGUAUCUGCCAGAAGUGGUGUACGUGUCACAGUAUCGCUCCAGCACUGGGUGACUGGUACUGGCACUGUUUUACUGGCACAUCAAAGUGCAGCAGCUUCUGACAUGGUCAGAGAUCUUGUUUGAAUGAAAUGUCAGUAUUGACACUGUUCUACACAGCCAUUACAUAAACAGGCAAUGACUGCUAAUUGUCAGCAGAACAAAUAUAGCAAACUUUUUUUUACACAAGAUUCUCUGAAUUAAUUCUAAAUCGGUGAGCUAUGUCCCUUGCUAUUUUGCAAUGACAGCCAUUCCCAAGCAAUCCAUGGCAGGUUUAGAGUGUUGAAAACUUCUAGUGCUCCUGACAACUCACCAAAGGGUCACAAAUAAAUCCAGCCACACCCUUCACACUGGAACACUUGGUUGUCUUGCUGGUUUAAGGUAAGACAACUUGCUGCAUUUAAGUAUUACCUGCUAAAUCCUUCCAUUCUUUUCUGUGCUAAUUGCACAGAUAUAUUGAUAACUUUGACAGUAAUUUUUUUAUUCAGAAGUGUUUGUUAUAUUUUAUUUAUAGAAAUGUUACAUAUGGACUUGUUAAAUAUUGCAAAUGCCAAAUGUGUACAAUUUGCUAGACUUGUUAAAUGAUGCACACCUCAAAUUAAAUACGGUAUUAGAUUUAAUAUACUGCCCCUGGCUCUCCAUUCCUUAGAGUUCAGUUUAUGUGUAGAGAUGUUCUGAGAUCUGUUCAGUUGUAUGUAACACUGCACACUUGCACAGACUGCUACCGCUGCCUGUUAUUGUACAUCGUUAUUAUGCCUAGGUGUGCGUUGUGCAUAAUUGUAUGUCAACUCCAUUAAACAAAAAUGGGACAGUA